GAGAAAUUUUACUAUUUCACACAGUUCGAGCUGGUUUGUGAUAUUGUGUGCAGGCGUCGACGGCGUUACUGUGCUUAGAUUUAUUUUAUUAGAAUUAAAUAACCCCAAUUACUACUAAUCAACAUGUGUGACGAAGAAGUAGCCGCUUUGGUCGUCGACAACGGCUCCGGCAUGUGCAAGGCCGGUUUCGCCGGAGACGACGCCCCCCGCGCCGUGUUCCCAUCCAUCGUCGGCCGCCCCCGCCACCAGGGCGUCAUGGUCGGCAUGGGCCAGAAGGACUCGUACGUCGGCGACGAGGCCCAAAGCAAAAGAGGUAUCCUCACCUUGAAAUACCCCAUCGAGCACGGCAUCGUGACGAACUGGGACGACAUGGAGAAGAUCUGGCAUCACACCUUCUACAACGAGCUGCGUGUCGCCCCCGAGGAACACCCCGUCCUCCUGACUGAAGCCCCCCUCAAUCCCAAAGCUAACCGCGAGAAGAUGACCCAAAUCAUGUUCGAGACGUUCAACACCCCCGCGAUGUACGUCGCCAUCCAAGCAGUAUUGUCGCUGUACGCCUCCGGUCGUACCACCGGUAUCGUCCUGGAUUCCGGGGACGGCGUGUCGCACACCGUGCCCAUCUACGAAGGGUACGCUCUCCCGCACGCCAUCCUCCGUCUGGACUUGGCCGGUCGCGACUUGACCGACUACCUCAUGAAGAUCCUGACCGAGAGAGGCUACUCGUUCACGACCACCGCCGAGAGGGAAAUCGUCCGCGACAUCAAAGAGAAGCUCUGCUACGUGGCGUUGGACUUCGAGCAGGAGAUGGCCACGGCGGCCAGCUCCAGCUCGCUGGAGAAGAGCUACGAGCUUCCCGACGGGCAGGUCAUCACCAUCGGAAACGAGAGGUUCCGUUGCCCGGAGGCGCUCUUCCAGCCGUCGUUCUUGGGUAUGGAAGCGUGCGGCAUCCACGAGACCACCUACAACUCGAUCAUGAAGUGCGACGUGGACAUCCGUAAGGACCUGUACGCCAACACGGUGCUGUCGGGCGGUACCACGAUGUACCCCGGCAUCGCCGACCGCAUGCAGAAGGAAAUCACGGCUCUGGCGCCUUCCACGAUGAAGAUCAAGAUCAUCGCGCCCCCAGAAAGGAAGUACUCCGUCUGGAUCGGAGGCUCCAUCCUAGCUUCACUCUCUACAUUCCAACAGAUGUGGAUCUCCAAACAAGAGUACGACGAAUCUGGACCAUCCAUCGUCCACAGGAAAUGCUUCUAAUCAUUCACAUCUGCAACAUUCCAAUAUUAGUCCAGUUCAGUUUCUUUGUAUAUUGUAAAGCGAUAGAAGCCGUUCGGACGGCUAAGGAACUGCCAUGUUUUGUAUGUUAACAA